AUGAAUAAUUUGGGUGGAAUUAUUCCAGAGUGUUUUGGAAAUAUAACUUCCUCUCUUUUACAGAUGAAUCUAUUUAUGAAUAACUUUCAUGGUAAAUUAUCAAGAACUUUGUUUCCUGAAAGUUGUUCGUUGAUAAGUUUUCGCAUCAACAACAACCAGCUUGAAGGGCCAAUACCACAAUCCUUGGUUAACUGCAAGGACUUGGAACUUCUAGAUUUGGGGAACAACAACUUAAGUGACACCUUUCCUAGUUGGUUAGGUAAAUUGAAUCUACAAGUUCUUGGCUUAAGAUUCAAUAGAUUCCAUGGUCACAUUGUCAAUUCUGAAGUUGCAUCUUCCUUCUCUCAUUUGCGGAUCAUUGAUCUCUCUCACAACGACUUCAGCGGUUGCUUGCCACCAAAACUUUUAGAAAGUUUGAAUGCUAUAAGCAAUGGGUAUGAAAAGAAAGGUGAAGUAGAGUUCAUGAGAACUGGUAGCACUUACGGUUUCUCUGUGUAUUAUGAUGAAUCUUUCUAUAUUACAAUAAAAGGGUUGGAGAUGGGGUACACGAGAAUUUUAAUCUCUUUGAUGGUUGUCGACUUCUCAAAUAAUCAAUUCACUGGACAUAUUCCUGAAAUAAUUGGAAAACUUCAAUCACUUAUAGUCCUCAACCUUUCUCACAAUAGUUUCACAGGUCCUAUCCCGUCAUCCUUAGGUAAUUUGUCUAAGGUUGAAUCAUUAGAUCUCUCAUCAAACAAGCUUGACGGACGAAUUCCGGCUCAGUUAAAUAAUCUUGGAUUCUUAGCGGUAUUAAACCUUUCUUGGAAUAAUUUCAUUGGAUCCAUUCCUAGAGGCAGACAAUUUGAUACUUUCACAAAUGAUAGCUACAUUGGGAACUUGGGUUUAUGUGGAUUCCCAUUAUCAAAAAGCUGUGGAAACGAUCAGGGUUUGGAACCACCUCCAACAAUAUUUGAUGAUGAUGAAGAUACAACAAAAGAAUUGAACUGGAGAUUUUCUAUAUUGAUGGGGUAUGGAUCUGGGCUAGUAUUCGGAUUGAGUAUGGGAUACAUCGUGUUCACAACUGGAAAACCGUCGUGGUUCAUUAAGAUGACCAAAAGAGUUCAGCAAAAAUAUGUUAGAAGGACAUAAUUAAUGCUCUCAGGUUGGAUGUGUUCCAGUUAAGGACAAUACUCCCAAGGGAAGCCGAAUCAUCCAAUAAGACAUUGGCAAAAAUAGGAUUUUGACAAGGAGAUUUUUCAAGCCUUGUGUGGUAUGGGUUCUACCAUUUUAUAUAUUGUCGUGAACUUUCUUUUGUAUAUAUUCUCACAGCUUUUGUUCGACCCUUGAGAUGAUUUCCUUUUCUUUUUUCAGAUUAUUAGAUUGUUAGUCAAUAAUUUCAGUUGUAUUAUUCUUAUCCUAUUUAUUUUAUAGAUGA